UUACAAUUCAGCAAAAUGAGAUUCUUUGUAAUUAUCAUCAUGUCUUUUGUUUCGUUCAACUUUAUAAUGUCUGUACAAGGUGGUUAUGGCCCUUGCGUAACUAAGAUAAAAAACGGAAAAUUUAUCAGUCAAGGAAAUUGCGAAAAAAUCGACGAAGAAGAAAUAAUUGGCCAACUACGUAGAAAUGUGGCAGCGAAAAAAGAAAAGGAAUAUUGUCCCAUCCAUCACGACGGCAAGUGUAUUUGGCCUGUCAAAAUUGGUGAAGCAACAACAAAUUUUGUUUCUGCAGUUUCCAUUUGCGCCAAUAUCGGACGAAAACUAGCUGAGGUCCAAAGUAGAGAGCAAUAUGAUUUAAUCGUUUCGUACAUCAAUCCAUGGCUGACCGAAGAUAAAGAUGGAAUAUUUAGUGUUUGGACUGGAAUGAUGAACAACCAGACGUUAUCUGAUGGUACUAAGCCCACCUGGUCGAAAAAUCCUGUGCCACUGACUGAAACAGUAAAAGUGGCAAUUCACAUAAGAGAAAAAGAACAACCCAUGCACAAUCUUGUUUACAUGGAGGAAGAGAAUGUACUAUUUGGAGCUAUUUGCCAGUGA